AUGCAUAUUAAACAGAUCAUUAUUCAAGGUUUUAAGUCCUACAAGGACCAAACAACAAUUGACCCUUUUAGUCCUCAGCAUAACGUUGUUGUCGGUAGAAAUGGUUCGGGAAAGAGUAAUUUCUUUGCUGCCAUUCGUUUUGUAUUGGGUGACGCCUACCAAAGUUUGAGUAAAGAAGAAAGACAAGCUUUACUCCAUGAAGGUGUCGGUGCAGCUACCAUUUCUGCUUUUGUAGAGAUUAUUUUCGAUAAUGCCGAUAACCGAUUUCCUACUGGAAAAAGCGAAGUUAUUUUGCGUAGAAGUAUCGGUUUAACCCUUGAUGAAUACUCUCUCGAUAGAAAAACUAUUACUAAGACUGAUGUCAUGAGUUUAUUGGAAAGUGCCGGCUUUUCUCGUGCCAAUCCUUAUUACAUUGUUCCUCAAGGAAGAAUUAACUCAUUGACCAUGGCAAAAGACGAGGACAGAUUAAAGCUCCUCAAGGAAAUUGCCGGUACUCGUGUGUAUGAACAAAAGAGAGCUGAGAGUAACAAGCUUAUGCAGGAAACACAAACCAAGCGUGCCAAGAUUGAGGAAGUUUUAACUUACAUCCAAGAUAGAUUACUCGAACUUGACGGUGAAAAAACCGAGCUUUCUGAAUACAACGAAUUGGAUAAAGAUCGUAGAUCCAUCGAGUACACGAUUUAUGCUCGUGAACAAUCCAGUGCUAAUCGAAAGUUGGAAGAUCUUGAAGAGGAUAGAAGAAGAUAUAUCAGCAAUAGUAACAGUCUUCGUGAAAGUUAUAUCAAGAAUGACGACACCGUUCAGCAACACAAUACUAGAUUGCGUGAUAUUCAACAAAACGUUCAACUUUUUGAAGCCGAAAAGAAGGAUCUGCAAGACGAACGUGAACAUUUGAUGAAGAUAAGAGCUAAACUUGAACUUUUGGUCAAGGACCUUGAAGAUUCUCAAAUGUCUGAAGAGGAAUACAAGGCUACUGUCAACACUCAAUUACAACAAUUGGAUAACGAAAUUGCUGCUAAGCAAGCCGAAGUGGAUGAAAUCACUCCUCAGUAUUCUCAACUUACUGAAGCUGGUCAAAGAAUGAGAACAGAAAUGAGAACACUUCAAGCCGAGCAACAGCAUAUCUAUGCUAAACAGGCCAGAUCUUCUAAAUUUACUACGAAACAAGACCGUGAUACAUGGUUAACAUCUCAAAUCCAAGACAUCACCAACAACUUGACUGUACGUCAACAACAGCUCAUUACGCUGGAAGAGGAAAAGAAAGCAGCUGAAGCCAACAUCGUUUUUAAGGCCAAGACUGUGCAAGAGCUCAAGUUAAAAAACGUGGCUCGAUAUGAGCAACGCGAGAAGUUAGCUAGUCAAGGGAUUCAAUUAAAGAUUGAUCGUGACGAGGCUACAGAAGCUAGAAAGGCCCUCUGGCGUGAAGAAGCCAGAAUGGAAUCUGUACUUCGUAACUGUACUGAUGAAAUUCGCAAGUCUGAAAGAACGUUAGCUAAUUCGAUGGAUAAAAAUACAAGUAUUGGAUUGGCUUCGAUCAACCGUAUUGUGAGAGAGCAUGGUAUUGAAGGUGUUCACGGCCCUGUUUUUGAACUGUUCCAGGUCAUGCAAGAACUUGAAACAGCUGUUGAGGUUGCUGUAGGAGCUAGUUUAUUCCAUGUCGUCGUUGAUACGGAUGAAACUGCUUCCCGCCUCUUGGAAAUCAUGAGCAAGGAGCGUGCUGGCAGAGUCACAUUUAUCCCUUUAAACCGUGUUAAGCCUAGACAUGUCGAGUAUCCCCAAAAGGACGAUGCAGUUCCAUUGAUUGGUCAGCUUCAAUUUGAUUCCAAAUAUCAAACUGCAAUGGAACAAGUGUUUGGUGGUGUUGUUCUCUGUCGUACUCUGGAAGUUGCAGCAAGCUAUGCAAAGUCUUAUCGCCUUACAGUAGUCACAGCUGAAGGUAACCGUGUAGAUGGCCGUGGUGCCAUGUCUGGUGGUUACAUUGACACCAAGCGUUCUCGUCUGAGUGCUGCUAAGAGUCUUCGUACGUGGCAAAAGAAGCUCGAACAGGAGCAACUCCGUGGGCAAAAAAUCAAGCAAGAAAUUACGCAAUUGGAUCAAAAGGUCACAAGUAUUGUUAGUAACUUGCAGACUUUGGAACAUCAAAAGAAAAAGAUUGCAUUCAAUGACGACUCUCAAAACCUCGAGAUCAAAUUGAGAAAAGAAGAGGAUAUUCUCAAGAGCGCCAUCGCAUCCAAAACUAGAGCUAUUGAUAAUAUUCGUGUUCAUGGACAAUUGCUCGAAAAACAAUUAAUGGCGUAUCAAAACGAACUUGCUUCCGAACCGACCGAAUUAAUUAAAAGUCAAGAAGACGAAAUUUUAAAGAGAAACAGUACUGCUAUCGAGCAAAUCAGCCAGCAACUUGUAGAAACAGCUAAAAAGAGAAGAGAGGUCGAAGAUCGUAUCAAUUCCUUGCGUGAUAGUCUAGAUAACGAACUUUUGCGUAAAAAGGAGGAAUUACAAAGCAAAAAAGAACGAGUGAUGACACAUGGUAGUGUUGAUGAACUGAUGAGAAGAAAGCAUGAGUUAAAGAUUGCGUUAAAGAAACUCGUGAAAGUAAACAAGACAAUUGGGGAUUUGGAUAGCCAAGUUGACAAAUUACAAGAGGAAGAUAUUAAGAUUAGUUCCGUAUUAGAAGAGGCUAUUGAGGUUCAAAUGAGAAUUACACAAGGUAUUAGUCGUGAAGAAAAGAAGUUGGAGGAGAAUUUGUUAAAGAGAUCAUUACUUUCACAAAAGAAGGAAGAAUGUAACGCCAAUAUUCGUGAUCUUGGUGUGUUACCUGAUGAAGCGUUUGAGAAAUACAACAACCAACGUAUUGAGAAACUGUUAAGAAGAUUACAUCGUGCCAAUGAAAAGUUGAAGAAAUACAAUCAUGUCAAUAAAAAGGCCUAUGAGCAAUACGGUCGAUUUACUAAACAACGCGAACAACUAACAACACGUAAAGCUGAAUUGGACAAAUCAGGCGAGUCUAUUAGUGAGUUGAUUGACUCCUUGGAUCGUCGUAAGAAUGAGGCAAUUGAACGUACUUUCCAUGAUGUUGCGAACCAUUUUGCCAGAGUAUUUGAGUUGCUUGUGCCUGUUGGUAAGGGUGCGCUUAUCAUGAAGUCAUCGGAUGUUGAAGAUAUGGAGGUAGACGGAGUAUCAAUUGAUCGUUAUAGCGGCAUAUCAAUUCAGGUGUCAUUCAACAGCAAAUCGGAUGAAGGCAUGAUCAUGCAACAAUUAUCGGGUGGUCAAAAAUCACUCGUUGCUUUGGCAUUAAUUUUUGCUAUUCAACGAUGCGAUCCUGCACCCUUUUAUCUUUUUGAUGAGAUUGAUGCAAAUUUGGAUGCACAAUAUAGAACAGCUGUUGCGGAUAUGAUUCAUAAAAUGUCAGAAAAUGCUCAGUUUAUUACAACCACUUUCCGUUCUGAGCUCUUGACAAAUGCAAACAAGUUUUAUGGUGUUACUUUCCAAGGCAAGGUGUCUCGUAUUCAUGCAACUACCAAGGAGAAUGCACUCGGAUUUGUUGAAAUGGAGCAACAUGAAAACUAA